AUGUUUAAGGAGCCCCUGGGUUGUACAAUUCUUUCAGAUGGAGAUGGUUUGCGUAGUUUGGAAGAUUUGCGUAGGGAAACUAUAUUGCAAGCAUCGGUUCAGUUCGAGACUACUGGUAAAGAUUUUGUUGCAUUUUUAAGUGAUCCCAUCGCGGUUGGUCAGCGAGGAAGGGACGGGGGCAGCCGAGUGUUGAACGUUGCGGGCCAAAGGCGAGCAAAUGGCAUUACAAGCGGCGCUGGACGAGGCCUGAGAGUUGGGCGAUAUUUGCACCACCACGAUCACAUAGCCCAACGCGCUCGCGAGCACGCUCACAAACAGUCGCAGAUCGACGGGGAGCAGCCCUCCUGCCGUGAAGCGUACGGGACUGGCGUUGAUCUGCGCCAGGAAGAGCUUCGCCUGGCGCUCCACGUCGCGCCGCCCCGCCGCCGCCGCCAGCAGCGCCGCCGCCGCCGCCCUCGCGCCCUCGUGGCCCGCCGCCGCCGCCCUGCCCGCCGCCAGCGCCACCGCCGCCCCCUUCACCACAUCCAACGCCGCGUUCAGGGCGAAAUAGAGCGUUCCCAGCGUUCCCAACCAGGACCCACCCCCCUGGGCCAAAAAACACAGUUUAAAAAAUGCGGGAUGGCGAAUGGGAGAGAAGUGCUAUUACGUUCAGGGUCCAAGUGCUCUGCAAGUCAGUACGAAUUUACAAAACAGACUUUGGUCCAGUUCUGGACAUUGCCUUACAGAGCUCCCUUAUUACCAGAAGUUGUGCAGGAAAGAAGUUUUCGUCGAGGCCAUUCAGGUAAGCCGCAGCCUCAACACAGUCACAAUGGAGGACGCACAACUCAAAACAACGCUCAACUGCACUACGACCACAGAAACCACAAGCGAAAGGAAGACAUUGAGGAAGAGAUCGGCACCUCAAUCGAAAGAACCAACAAACAGCCCGAUAUAUCAACUGUGUCGCUGCCGACGCUGGCGCUGUCGUACGGCGCGGUGGUGGUGCGCGACGCGGCGGCCGGGGCGCCUGCGCAGGCGCUGCCGCCCGACGGCGCCUCCGCGUGGGACGGCACGCCCCUCUGGGUGCCCGCGCUCUUCAGCGCCGCCUGGAGCUUCACAGCGCCGUGGGGCCGCGUGGUGGCGGGCGCGCGGGGCGCCAGGGCCGCAUGCGCCGCGGGGGUGGCGCUGGCCGCCAGCGCCCACGCCGCCGCCGCGCUGCUCGCCGCUGCCAACUCCUCCGUGCACUCGGCGCUCGUCGGCGUCGCCGCGAUGCUCGCAGGGAGCGGGUGCUGCGUGGCGCUGUCGCCGCCCGACUGCCUGCAG